AUGGCGGAGAACAACGACGCUCAGCAUGAAGUCUCCUUCGACAGCGCCGAUGCUGGUGCCUCGACCACCUUCCCAAUGCAGUGCUCUGCUUUGAGGAAGAACGGCCACGUCGUCAUCAAGGGCCGUCCAUGCAAGAUCGUCGAAAUGUCCACCUCCAAGACCGGCAAGCACGGUCACGCCAAGGUCCACUUGGUUGCCAUCGACAUCUUCACCGGCAAGAAGUUGGAAGAUCUGUCUCCAUCCACCCACAACAUGGACGUCCCCAACGUCUCCCGCCGCGAGUACCAGCUGCUCGACGUCACUGACGAUGGCUUCCUCUCCCUCAUGUCCGAGGGUGGUGACACCAAGGACGACGUCAAGGUUCCAGACGGUGAAAUCGGAGACAAGAUUAAGAAGCUCUUCGAGGAGGAGGGCAAGGACACCAACGUCAUCAUUCUCACCGCCAUGGGUGAGGAGGCUGCCAUCGAAGCCAAGGAGGCUCCUCAGGGCAAGGCUUAA